AUGAAGAGUGCGAUUUGUGGGAGAAUUCUCUCUCCCAAUCAUGUCUUCAAACCAGGGGACACACAUUCAUUUUGUAAAGGACCAUACUCCAAUCUUUGCGUACCCAUGGCUGUAUUGGCAACAGGACUUGGUAAAGGAGGAGGGCUGCUGGAAAAGCCAGUUAUUGAAAAAGUCACCCCUGGCCGUGAGUCUGAAUUUGAUUUAAAGAAAUCACGGAAAACAGCACCACCAUAUCGUGUAAUAUUGCACAACGACAACUACAACAAACGGGAAUACGUUGUUCAAGUACUGAUGAAGGUCAUCCCUGGAAUGACCCUUGAUAAUGCAGUUAAUAUCAUGCAAGAAGCACACUAUAAUGGGUUGUCAGUGGUGAUCAUCUGCGCACAAGCUGAUGCCGAAGAUCAUUGCAUGCAGCUAAGAGGCAAUGGGUUGCUCAGUUCAAUUGAACCUGCAGGUGGUGGCUGCUGA